AUGCCUCCAAUUCCAAUUCCUACAACUCCUCGAAUCGUCAUAUACUACCAGACGCAACAUCAUUCCGAUGGCAGACCAUGUUCAAUAUUACCUAUCAUCACCCAGCCAAACAUCGCGGUAACGCACGUAAACGUCGCAGCAAUCCAUCUCAAUGAUCCUCCGGGAAAUAUAACUCUGAAUGAUCAUGUACCUCACCAUGAGCGCUACGCCACCAUGUGGGCAGAACUCCGCAUCCUCCAAGCAACUGGAAUAAAAGUAAUGGGGAUGCUUGGUGGGGCAGCCAAAGGUUCAUUCACUCGACUCGACCAAGACGAAGCCACAUUCGAACUUUACUACGGUCCUUUACGAAACCUUAUCCGUGAGCGUGGCCUCGAUGGCUUAGAUCUCGACGUUGAGGAGGAGAUGACUCUGGCUGGAAUAAUACGAUUGAUUGACCGACUAAAAGCUGAUUUCGGGUCUGGAUUUAUCAUUACGCUCGCGCCUGUGGCUGCAGCAUUGAUAUCUGAACGGCCCGAACAUAAUUUGAGUGGGUUUAAUUAUGAGGCUUUGGAGGUUAUGAGGGGAAAUAGUAUUGAGUGGUAUAAUACGCAGUUUUAUUGUGGAUGGGGCGAUAUGAGUAAGACGGCUGGAUAUGAUAUGAUGAUGAUGAGGGGAUGGCCUGCACAUAAAGUUGUGGUGGGUAUGGUUACCAAUCCGGGGAAUGGUAAUGGGUGGGUACCGUUUGAAACUUUACGAGAAGUACUGCUUAAUCUGAAGUCGAGAUACCCUACAUUUGGUGGUGUUAUGGGUUGGGAAUAUUUCAAUUCUUUACCAGGAGAUAAAGAUAGACCAUGGGAGUGGGCGGCUUGGAUGACCAAUGUUCUGGGUAAAUCACCGAUAUCUGCACCUUCGGGCCCAAGUACGAGCGCCAGUGUUGCUGGAGAGAAACAGAGGCCACUUGUCGAUAACAAUGUAGAUGAUGAUCUCCAGGGGGAUGCUCCUUUACCUGCGGAAUUUGAGUACCAUUCCGAGGGACUUUGGGAAGAUUGA